GUCAUUAAAGAUUUAGUGAAUUGUGAUAACCAUGGGCCCACCAGCUGCAGCUUGAUGAUAAAAAUACAUUUUUAGAGGGGAUGAGGAAUAUCUUGCAUUUUAUAGGUAUGGUAUUAACCUUAAUUAUGUCACAUAAUGACGAGUGCAAUCUGUAAUGAGUUGCAAAACAGAUGAGAAAUAGGACAUAUCCCUUGUGUCAAUUUGCAUAAUUGCUCUAAUGACCUCAAAUUCGCAGGAUGAGAAUAAAGGUUUAGGGAGUUGGGGAAGAAAAGGUUAUCCAUUGUUGGCUCACACUUGUACCAAUGUGGGAAUGUUGGGUGAAUUUUCAUAAUAGGAAGAAUGAGGGCCCGGGUUUGUUGAGGGAGGGAGAGAUACAAAUAUUGUCCAAUUGAAGAUAAGACUUUUGUAUGGAAUUUGAAGGGUCUCACUGACUUGCAGAAGCAAAUGGUGGAGGAGAUGGUGAGAAGAUGGAAGACGAGUGUGGCUUGUGUUUAAGAAACCAAAAUGGGAAUAUGUCACCAAUUGCAAAUUUCAACUGUUGUUUUACAUUGGACCAUUCCUGAGCAUUCAUCCCAUGAAUUACAUGUGAACAAUUCCACUAUCCAAUUUAAACCGCCAUUUUACAUUGGACCAUUUAAAUGCCAAAUGAAAACUAUAGGGAGCAAAGGGACAAAAUUGAAAGAAUGGGCACCAAAGUGGAACAGAGCACAUGCUUGAGAUACUAUUAGUAUAUUUCGCUCAAAGAAAUAUGUGGAGCCAAUUGAUGGCCACAAAUCAUGGCGAAGUUAGGCUGACCGUUCUUUCUUCUAUCCAUUUUAGAAUCCUCCAUUGCCCCCAAAUAAAUUAUGAGUCGUGUUCAGGUGGUUGCAUGAAGUUCUUGUUGAGUAUAUUUUUAUAUAAUAUAUGGAAACUGAAGAAAAGUCGCAUCUAAAUAAUCUCUCUCAUGCAGUGCCUCCUUGGCUUACAAGAAUUACUCAGAGAAUGUACGAGGAAUCAAGGUUGUUUCCUUCAGCAAUUAAUCAUGUACUCAUCAAUGAAUACCUUCCUAACCAAGGCAUAAUGCCACACCAGGAUGGACCAGCUUACUUUCCAGUAGUGGCAAUUUUGUCGCUUGGAUCACGUGUUGUUAUGGACUUCACUCCCCAUCCAAGUUUGACAAACUCUGUAAACACAGUGAGAAACAAUGUUGAAGAUACAAUUUCUGCUAGAGCUUUGGAGAAUGAAAGUGAAAAAUUGUUGGAUAGUUAUGAUCCUUUUUCUGUUGUAUUGAUGCCCUGCAGUUUACUGAUAUUCAAAGAUAAGGCGUACUCAGACUACUUGCAUGGAAUAAAAGAUUGUGAGGUGCAACACUUCACUGGGGCAGUCAAUGUUGCUGAAACUUUGAAAUUUCUUAGAGUAAAUCAGUCACCACCACCUUCAGAAAAAGUGACUGAAGAGAAGAGGACAGCAGAUAGUGUGCACAGAACUACCAGUAGAAUUUCAUUGACAUGUCGAGUAGUGUCGAAGGUUCACAAAAAUUUAUUCAAGUUUUAGAUUUCUCGCAUUUGUUAGUUUCACUUUCUUGUUAAGAUGGUUGCUGCACCAGAUCAUAAAAGAAAAUUAGUGGUGGGA